UUCCUGAAACCUCUCAAUCUCUCCAAAACCCUUAGCUUUCUACUUUCUCUCUCUCUCUCUUCGUAUUAUCAAUGGCGGCUAGGAUUGCAUUGUUGAAGUACCUUAGAGUACAACCUCGACCUGCACAACUUCAAAACCCUAGACUCAUUGGAACCUCAUUCAAUCAACUCUUCAAACGUCAUUUCUCGGAAGAAGUAAGAGGAUCCUUCCUCGAUAAAGAUGAAGUUAGAGAUCGUGUCAUCAAUUGUGUAAAAAAUUUCCAAAAAGUUGAUCCUUCAAAGGUUGUCCCAAAUGCUCAUUUCCAAAAUGAUCUUGGCUUAGAUAGUUUAGACACCGUGGAAGUUGUGAUGGCCCUUGAAGAGGAAUUUGGGUUUGAGAUUCCGGACAAUGAAGCCGACAAGAUCAACUCAAUAAACUUAGCAGUUGAUUUCAUUGCAUCUCACCCUCAAGCAAAAUGAGGGAACAAACUGUAGCAUGAUGAUUGCCUAUUUCCUUUUAUAUAACUUUCUUUUCCCAAUUCAAGUACUUCAUUUGGUCACUUUUGUCUUUUAAGGUUUUUGAUCAGUCCUGAAGACGAGAACUACCGUUAUUGGCUAGCUGGUGUUGUAGUGUCUCAGAUAAAAGCUUAAUCUGUAUUGGAAAGUUUAUUGCUUAUGAAAAUAAACCUAACUGCAUGGUAGCGUGGGUCAAGGUGAAGUUUUCUAAUAGCUUCAUUUCUCAUUGUUAGCCAAGCCAAACAUAUCUGUUAUUUGUUGCCCAGAAAUAUGAUCAAUCGGUCGUGUUUUGUCA